AUGCCGCUGAGCCCCCGUAGGUCCUGCUGCUCAGCAGAAAGCCCAGUCUGCCGCUGGCGGCCGCCUCACAGGUGUUUUGGCCAUCCCUGUGGGGAGCUCCUGGGAGCUGCGGGCUGUCAUCCUGCCGGAGCCAGCAGGGACUACGGCCCCUUGACACACACUCUUCUGCAGUUUCUCAGCCUGCUGGUCUCCCGCUCCGUGCUGUGGACACAGACCGUUUCCCUCACAUUGCUGCCUAACGGCGACAAGACUACAAACCACUGUGGCUGGGACGGAAGUCACCUCCGCCUCACAUGCAUCUCUCCUCUCCUCUCAGCAACUGCACACAAACCUGUGAUUUCCCUCCAUCCUCCAUGGACCACUGUCUUCCAAGGAGAGAGAGUGAAUCUGACUUGCAAUGGGUUUCACUACUCACCACAAACAACAAAAUGGAAAUGUUCGUAUUUGGGGAAAGAAAUAGUAAGAGACACCCCAGGAGACACCUUCGAGGUUCGUGAAUCUGGAGAGUACAGAUGCCAGAUUGGGGAGUCCACCCUAAGUAACCCUGUGCGCUUAGUCUUUUCUACAGAACCCCUCAUCCUGCAGGCCCCAUAUUCUGUGUUUGAAGGUGACACAUUGGUUCUGAGAUGCCAGAGAAGGGGGAAAAAGAAAUUAACUGCUGUGAAAUACAUUUGGAAUGGAAAAACUCUUUCUAUUUCUAAUGAAAGCCAGGAUCUUCUCAUCCCACAAGCAAGUUCAAAUAAUAAUGGCUCUUACCAAUGCAUUGGAACUGAGGACAAAAAUUAUGUAUUUAGAUCAAAUUCCAAAAUGAUCAAAAUUCAAGAACUAUUUCCACAUCCAAAGCUGAAAGCCACAGUCUCUCAGCCUACAGAGGGGAAUUCUGUAAACCUGAGCUGUGAAACGCAGCUUCCUCCAGAGAGGUCAGACACCCCGCUUUACUUCAUCUUCUUCAGAGACGACGGGGUCGUCCUGUCAGACCAGAGCAAGUCUCCAGAACUCCAGAUCCCAACCAUAUGGAGAGAAAACUCAGGAUCUUAUUGGUGUGGUGCUGAAACAGUGAGCGGUAGUGUCCACAAACGCAGCCUCCCACUACAGAUCCAAGUGCAAAGGAUCCCCGUGUCUGGAGUGUUCAUGGAGACCCAGCCCCCAGGGGACCAGGUGGUUGAAGGGGAGGUGCUGGUCUUUGUCUGCUCUGUGGCUGAAGGCACUGGGGACACCAUGUUCUCCUGGCACAGAGAGGACAUGAAGGAGAGUCUGGGGAGGAAGACUCAGCGUUCUCAGAGAGCAGAGUUGGAGGUCCCCGUCAUCAGAGAGAGCCAUGCCGGCAGAUACUACUGCGCAGCUGACAACAGCUACGGCCCCGUACAGAGCGGGGUGGUGAAUGUCACUGUGAGAGGGACUUCAGGCAACAGAGAUGGCGUAGUUGCUGCGGGAGCCACUGGAGGGCUGCUCAGCACGCUUCUGGCUAUGGCUCUGCUGUUUUCCUGCUGGCACUGGAGGAAAUCAGGAGAAGGUUUCCGGGGAAAUGAAACCAGGAGCCCCCCCACCGCUGGCCCAGGAGAGUCCUCCCAUUCCAUCUGCCCUGUCCAGGUGGAGCUGCAGCCGGUGUAUGGCAACGGUGAGGAUUCCCCUGUAGGAAGCUUCUCCUGGCCUCAACCAAGGAAAGAAACUGUACUGGGAAAUGCCCCUGGUCCCCCUAUGGUAUCCCAAAUCCAGAUAUUCCCAAUAAAUAAUUACUCCAUUGUGUGUCCAGAAAAAGUGGAGGGGAUGCUUGGGAAGGGGCAUCUGCAGCAUGUGAUAUACUAA